AUGGAUAAAGGGUAUACAAAAGAGUCAAAAUUCACAAUGGAUAUAAUGGGAAAGUUGUACAAUUUACAAGAAUUUCCAAAUUGGGAUUGGAGAUGCAAGAUAAACCCAAUUUUGUUCCUUCUUCUUGUUCCUGUUAUUGCAUUAAUCCGGAAAUGUUUGUCCUAUCUCUACAAACAAACACCACGUCUAUUUCGUCUUUGCCCUCCUCCAAUAACGCUGUUGCUUUGUAUAAAUUAUUCGCCGCUUUCCUGUCCAGCGCGACGGGAAGUUUUAGUACAACUCUUUAGUUCUUCUCACCAGGUGGUGGAAACAGGGCUCUGA